AUGACGCAAAUUCACAUUACCACAGACCUCGCCAAGCUGGCCGACAAGAUGCUGCGGACCCCCAAGUGCUCGCGGUGCCGCAACCACGGCUUCCUGGUGCCCGUCAAGGGCCACUCGGGCAAGUGCCGCUGGAAGCAGUGCACCUGCGAGAAGUGCUACCUGAUCGCCGAGCGCCAGAAGAUCAUGGCGGCGCAGAAGAUGCUCAAGAAGCAGGCGGGGGAGGAGGAGCAGGAGGCGGCCGGCCAGGGCCCGCCGGGGCCCGAGCUGGACGCCGCGGCCGCGGCCCCGGGCCCGAGCUUCCGCCCCCCGCCGCCGCCGGCGCCCGCCGCGCUGCCCGACGUGGUGGAGCUGGACGCCGAGGGCCGCGUGGUCAGCGGCUUCCCGGAGCGGCCUCCGCGCGGGCCCAGCCCGGGCCCGAGCGCCUUCCAGCCCGUGCUGGGCGGCCUCGGCCACGCGGGCCCGAGCGAGCGAGGCCCCGCCGGGCUCUUCUUGGGGGCCGAGGCCGCGGGCCGGCCCGCCUUCCGGGGGCCGCUGCCCCCCCUGCCCGGCCCGCCCUUCGCCGACUUCGGCCGCAAUUCGGGCCUGGUGGUGGCGGACAUCAAGAUGGCUUCCUGGCGGCGUGGCAUGGCGGCGCCUUGGCGCCUCGUCGGGCCCCACUGCGCCUGCGCGCCGGCUCUCCAGUACCAGGCAGGGGUGCGCGUGGAGUCGGGGGAGAGCCGUUGCUUGCCCCAAGGAACCGUGUCCUGGUGGGAGGUCGUCAGGGAGACGGGUCUGACGGCAGAGCAGGGGCUGAGCAGCGAGGAUUGGGGCAGGGAAGGGGUGAGGGAGAAGGCGCAAGGACUCCCGUUGAGCAUCACCUCCAACGGCGCGGCGGGGUCCGAGUACCUGGAGCGAGAGCCCGGCAAGCUGUACCCCAGCAUGCGCCCCUACCGCCCGUUCCCGCUGGGCUACCCGGACGCCGCCCCCGGCUCGGGCAUCCCCUUGCAGCGGGACUUCCGGCACGUGUCCUGCGGCCACUACCGCGGAGGAGACCUGGUGUCGGAGCCCAUUGGGGACUUCCCGUCCAGCUUCUAUGCGCCGCCAGCGCCACCUCCGCCGCUGCCACAGCAGCCCCAGUUCCUCCCACCAGGCUUCCUCUCUGCGCUGCACUUACUGCCGCCACCGCCGCCGCCACCGCCUCCCCCCACCUUCUCGCUGACCAUCCUAUCUGACACUGAAAGGGAGGACAGGGAGCCCACCGAUGCCCAGGAGGCAGAGGCAGAGGCGCCCGAGGAUCCCAGCCAGCUGGCAACCCAGGAGAAGUCUGACUAA